UUGUGAAAUGAAAAGCCAUGAGUUAUUCUAAAUGACAUUUCAUCACUUUGGUUAAUGAUACUUGGUUAAUGGUUAGAUGACGUAGCACUAGCAGAAGACAAAAUGGCGGAUGUUGACACGGAAAAGUUUGCUUUUCAGCAGGUUGGACGACUUUCUGAAAGUCUUUGACGACUUAAAUGAAACACGUUCAGUUUGUGAGUGUACUUUGCUUACUCGGAAAUGUGUUACACUGUUUUAAACUUGCUUUGUAACUCGUGGCCGUUAUAACUUCAAGUCCUUAGGAAUUCGACGUGGAGCUCUAGACUAUAGUAUAUGUGAGCAUAUGUGUUAAGACAUAAUUUGGAACGGUAAGAUUCUGUAAGCUAUGACAGAAGACGUGAGGACGAAUGUACGAGAGAAGCUGGAAGGAGACGUGUUGGCGGCGGACCUGCAGCUGAGCCUGUUCGCGGCGGCGCUGCUGAGUUACCGACACGACACCGUACUCCGCCCCUUCCCGCCCGGGUUCGCACGGCAGAACGACGAGAAGGACUUCCCCGCACUGAAAUCAGUGUGGAAAGGACUGUCAGGAGUAAAGGAGCUGCUUCAGGACAGUCGGGUAACCUCUGACGCCCAGACAUUACAGCUGGUCCACUGGGUCCUGGAGACUAGAAACUUCCACCUGCGAUCCUGUGAACCUGCCGAGUACAAAGAGGUGCAGAGGUUAACAGGUUACACCAGCACCAACAUUCCGCCCCCCUCCCACAUGUUCGAAGUCGUCCACAGUGAGAGCACAGAUGCCAGGUUUGAGGAGACACGACAGGACAGGAGUCUGUUCUACGCCUUCCACGGGAGCAGACUGGACAACUUCCACUCCAUACUGCACAAUGGGCUACAUGCACACCUCAACAAGAAUUCCUUAUUUGGAGAGGGAACCUACCUAUCAGGUGACCUUGGGGUGUCAAUCAUCUACAGUCACAAAGGUCAGGGGUGGGACAGGAGCAUGCUAGGAGAAACCAUGAGUUGUGUGGCUGUGUGUGAGGUCAUCAUGGACCCAAAGUAUGUCAAGAGCAAGGUGGAAGAAGAGAAUGGGAGAGCCAAGAACAAAGACAAACAUGAAGUACCAGAGAAGUACUACAUCGUGAGCAACAAUGAACUGUUGAGAGUCAAGUAUGUGCUUGUCUAUGCUGAAAGGAAGGCAAGGCCAAGGGUCCAGGCACCAUCUUUCUUCCAGCGCCAUAAGUUCUUCAUCCUGAUGACAUUAUAUGUCAUUGUCCUUGCUGUGAUCGGGGCUGCCAAUUCUCCCAACUUGCAGUACUACCUCAGGAAGUUUUUCAGAUGACACACGGCUAGGGAGAAUUUAGACUUGAUAGCAUAAAUGGGGGACUUGACAAAACAGUUGAGGUACUAAGUAGCCUCAAAAAAAGUGCUGAAAGCAGACCAAAAUUCUCUUAUUCCGGUAAACAUGCAAAUCAUCUGUUGUUGACAGACAGCCAAUGUUUAAAAUGUAUGUUCAUAAUUAGUUAGCAUGAAAAUAAAGCCUAACUUUCCA